CUUACCGACGCGAGGACGAGUUUGGACGUAUCUCAAGGUACGUGACGGAAAAAAAACAACGAUUUAAAAACACGCAGCUGAUGUUUGUGAAACAUUCUCUGCGUGUAAUUCUUCUCCAUCUCUUGCUAGCUCCGGUUAGCAUCAGCUAGCAGCGGUUAGCAGCAGCUAGCUUAGCUGAUCGAUACUUGAUCAUCACACCGUUAAUCCUGAUUCAACGCUUCCGGUUUAUCAGAACAAACGUAGGCCUGCGUCAUAUUUCACGAAUGUCACGUUGUGCGCGCAGGUUGUGUGCGUCCUCAUGAACAAUGGCUACGUUCAGAUGCACGACCCACAUAAUGAUAACAGCAAACUUUGUUUACAAUUUUAAUCACACUGUUACAAACUGCUUUACAAGUUCAAAGUGAACAAUUGAAGGCAAAACAAUAAUAAACAAUUUGAGUGUUUAAUUUUCACGUUAAAGAGCAGAAAACAAUUUCAAAUAGAGCAUAACAAAACGUGUAUUAUAGAUGUUAGAAUCAAAUGUGUUUGUGGAGUUCACCAGACGAAGGAAGCCCUGACGGAAAAGUCCCGGUCACCAGAAUGGACGAGACACGAGCAAGUUCUUCUUGACAGUUUUCACUGGAGACGCCAUCAGCCCAUCUCCCCGAGAUUCGCCAGCCUUGUUUGUGUUGUUUUGUGUUGUUUGUAUUGUUUUGUCUUGUUUGUGUUUACCACAAGAAGAGCUGGAAUCAUCAGAAUGACCGGUCACACUCAUUCCACAGCUGGUUAUAAACCACGGACCUAACGCCUCGAAGAUGGCCUUUCUUCUUCCUUGUUACCCUUCCACGUCUUUUGUAGAUCUGCCUUGAGACUUGUGUAAUUAAAGCUGUGUUUCCACUGCACGGUCAUUCCCCAGGAUCUAGGAACCUGUGAUGAAACGCUGGCUGUGUUCCAAGCCGCCUCCUUCACGGCUGCGCUGACCUGCCAAGGCCGAACCGAAUGUUAUGCCAAAUUCUGCUUGUCUGUAGAGGAUAGUCAUAACUUCAAGGAUAUCUUGAGAGAGAGAGAGAAUGGAAUUUUAGCCCCGGGUUUGCUGCAUUUUUCCACGUUCUGCGUCUAUUGGCUCUGUUGUUUCGACUGUUUCCAUCAUAGUUGAGUUGUUUGUUUGUUUCAGUCUUUCUGAUGUUUACCCUGAGCAGCAGUGACACUGUUUUCUCUCUCUAUCUGUGCUGUGUUUCUUUUGUCCCCAUUUUUUCGGUCUCUCUAGUGACGCCCAAGACGAGUGAGAGAGGGAACUAAACAACAGGAAGCACCAGAAUGAACCAGACAGGACUCUCCGGAUGAUGCGUGUGACUGAGCCGAGGCGCCGAAUCCAUUCAAUGAACUCCUUGUUUUUUAUUUUUACUUCUUAGCUCUUUGUUUCUAUCGGAGCAUUUAGCUCCUCCUCCUGCUGCCGGCCCCUCAUCGAGACCCCUGGAGGUCUCGCAGGGAGCCGGGGCCUCAUUGAACAGCAGGCUGCAUCCUUACAACUGAAAUCCCAGCUGACGCGGAUAAGACAUUCUCUUGGUUGAGUGUUGAGUUGUGAAUUUUGCUCCAUCGUACAGGCUCCCCACUCACCCGCAACCCCCUCAUCCUAAACUGUUGUGGUCCUCAAUCUCCUUGAUCUCUUGAAGGCUGACAACACCAUGUCUCAUCCCCGUUAUAACCCCUAUGCCUCUGGUACUCAACGUUCCAACCAGGGGCAACAUAGAGUCUCGAGUGUGCAACCAGAGAGAGACCUCCGAAGGGACAUUCCUGGUUAUGGACCAGGGUCCAGUUUCAAUCCUCCUCCAGCUUCUUCUGCAACUCCUGCCAACCAUGGGGGAAAUAUCCCAUCACUGCUGGAUCUGCCGGUGAUCUACAGGCCUGAACAGGCUCGGGCCAGAGUAAACAAGGCUACAGAGCGAGAUGGGGACUUGCAUGUUAGCAGAGCCAGAGAGGAGGUGAGGUGUCUUGACAGACCUGCCCAGCCCAUUGACCAGAGCACUCGCUUCAGCCACACUCAGAGUGAUGAGAUUCUCUCUUCAGGCACAGGGACGACUUCUUAUCCGAUGUCCUCAACCUCUGCCUCUGCUGGACGCAGACAUGCUGAAGGUGAAAGUGGCAGUAGCUCCUUGGACUGGUUGCCAAAAUACAAAAGGUCAACUGCUGAUGAUUCCACUAAAUCGUAUUCAUUACCUGCUUCAUCUAGCUACACCAGCAGUGGUGACGUUGGUCGGUUUAAAACAUCCAGUGACAGAGAAUGUGAUGGACAUUCCAUUCCAGGGUCAGGUGAUUAUAACUAUCCUGCACCGGUCAAACCAGCAGCUCAUGCUGAGACAGCUCCCCACAAGCACACCUCGGAAUCUGCUGCAAACAUUCUCUUGAAUUUUGGUCUUGAAAGGGAGGAUUUGGAAUUUCUCAUCUCUUAUCCUGAGGAGCAGAUCACACCUGAUAACCUACCAUUCCUUUUGCGUCAAAUCCGCACUCAGAAGGCGAAUAGAGCUAUGACCGCGGUAGAGUCAGAACCCUUUCCUCAACCUCAACCCAGCAGAGUUGUGAGUGAAAGGGACAUGUUGAUUAGUUCUGGAGGGUCACCAGCUGUUCUCCAGCCCAACAAAGUGAUUGACUAUGGACAUACUAGCAAAUAUUUUGGAGGGGUGUUGGAUGCCAUUGGAAGGACCAGUGGCAGAAGUGCUGACAGUGGUGGGAGUGACAUUAGUUUGUUUUUGAACGAGCAACGCAGCAGCAGCGACAGUCAAGAACAAUUGAAAACAGAAACAGAGAUAAGAAGCAUUCCAAUGUUUCUUAGCCGCUUCCAGACUGGCUCUGUUACCACCGACCGCUCAUCGUACACUUCAGCGCUGAGGUCUGUAGCUCCUGAAAGUAGUGAUCCAGUGCAACAGUUUCAGACCCAACCAGACCAGACUGCCAAACCAAUCUUCCGCUCUUUCUCAAUUCCAAAGAAAGAACCCGACAGAAAAGUCCUCACCUCUGAAGCCUUGAAACUCUUUCCUUUGAAAGCACCAGAGACAAAACCCCAGUUAACGUUGAAAAGCCAACAAUCCUCAAAAGUGUUGGACAAUGCGUAUCAAGGCCGACGUGGUCAUGUGGUCAUUGACAAGGUUUAUACCAGUGCUGCUAAAGAUGAGAAGGCAACUCGAGGACAAGAUUCAAGGUUUUCUGAGCAGAGGAUAAAGCUGCCGGAGGAGACACAGCAAAUGCAGAAGACGCAAAAACAGCAGCCGCAAAUGCAGCAUGUGCAGAAGCAGCAGGAGCAGCUGGUUCAGAUGCAGCAUGUGCAGAAGCAACAGGAGCAGCUGGCUCAAAUGCAGCAUGUGCAGAAGCAGCAGGAGCAGCUGGCUCAGGAGCAGCUGGCUCAAAUGCAGCCAACACAGAAGCAGCUGGCUCAGAUGCAGCAUGUGCAGAAGCAGCAGGAGCAGCUGGCUCAGGAGCAGCUGGUUCAGAUGCAGCAUUUGCAGAAGCAACAGGAGCAGCUGGCUCAGAUGCAGCCAGCGCAGAAGCAGCCACCGCAGACGCAGCCGGCGCAGACAGAGAAUGCACGAACACAGCAGCCGCAGAAACAACCAGUAUCGCAACUUGGGAAGCCAACAGUUUACCCGACUGUGAAACCUUCCUAUUCCCAACCCAUGGUUAAUCCUCCAGCUUCACUUCAGCCAAGCCCAAACACAUGGAGCAGUGCUUACCCAAUUUUAGUGAAGGUACCAGGUCCACAGAAGCAGCCAACAGAGGCCAUGAUGUAUGACUAUGCUGCGGCCACACCAACAGUCUUCCCACACACCUGUUCUCUCUGUUACAAAGAAUGCAUUAAUAUGAAGGAUUGGAUCUCCCACCAGAACACCAGUCUUCACCUUGAGAGCUGCAGAGUCCUCCGGACAAAAUACCCAGAGUGGAAUGGUAGUAUCGUACUCAAACCCAGGGAUGCAGGGAAAGAUGUCAAACCCUCGUCCUCAGCUCCUGCGCAGACUCACCAACAGCGUCAAAAGAAAAGUAGUCAUGAGAGCCACUCCCGCUCCCACAGCCCUCGUCGCCACUUCAGCUCGGAGGGUCGAGGAGGGAAACGCAGCCGAACCCGAUCACCGCGCAGCUCCAGAUACUCUCACAGUUCCAGAUCUCGUUCACGUUCCCGUUCUCCACGGUAUGAACGUCAUCGGUCGCGAUCAAGGAGCCAGGAGAGACCGGGGAGAAGAGGUGAAAGGUCCCCACCGAAGAGGAGCGAUAUGAGAAGGUCCCCACCGAAGAGGAGCGACAUGAGAAGGUCCUCUCCCAGGAGGAGCGACACGAGAAGGUCCCCUCCCGGGAGGACUGACAUGAGAAGGUCCCCUCCAGGGAGGACUGACAUGAGAAGGUCCCCUCCAGGGAGGACAGACAUGAGAAGGUCUCCUCUCAGGAGGACUGACAUGAGAAGGUCCCCUCCCAGGAGGACUGACGAGAGAAGGUCCCCUCCGCCGAGGACUUACGUGAAAAGGUCCCCGCUAAGACGGAGUGAUGCGAGAAGGUCUCCACAAAAGAGGAGCCGAGAAAGACGAUUGUCCUCAGAGCGGUCCCCUUCACCGAGAAAGAGCAGCACAGAGCGACUGGCACAGAAACUGCUGCAAAAAACAGAUGUCCAGUCUCUGUCCAAACAGACUGACCUGGAGGCUGUGGUUAAAACUUUACUUGCUGAGAUAACCAAGAUGAAAUCUUCCUCCUCGUCAUCCACUUCGUCGGCCAAGGGAGGGAAAAACCUGAAGUCUACUCCCGCUGCUGGAAGAAUAGGCUCCUCCUCUGCUGCCUCUUCAUCAUCGUCCCUCUCAGCAGCGAAGAAGAAGACGACAACAUUAACCAAGGCUGUCCUGAAGAAGAGUGAUGAUAGUGGUUCCACAAAGACUAAGUCAGGUAGACCGACAUCGUCACCUCCAACCAGGGUGAGGUUAGGAGGGAUUCUUAAGAAGGUCACUCACAGUGAUAUGGUUGCUGUGAUGGAGCAGUUUGGAGAAAUCGAAUCAAUUGUAAUGCAUCGGCAACAACUGCAGUCACUGGUGACUUUUAAGAAAGAGGAAGACGCUAAGAAACUGAAGAACUUGGGGGAACUCGUCAUGAAAGGAUUCCCCAUCACUGUCAUCAAGGAGUUGGAUACUAAGCCAAAGAAGACUCCUCUGAAAAAACCGGCUGUCCCCAGUGUCUCCACAUCUCAAACCUCUAAAUCCACAAAGCCCACGACCGUCAGAAAGGUUCCGUCUACAUCUGUGAAAACCUCACUUACUCGUCCAAAAAAGCCUUUAGCUUCAGCCUCUGCAGCAAAGGGAACCACUGCAGGCAAAUGUACCAAUCAGAAAGCAGCUGUUAAAGGCUCAUCCGGUCUCACUAAAGCCAAAGUCUCGGUUCCCAAACCCAGAACCGUCUCGUCCAAGCCGAUCGCCAAAACGGCAAAAUCUAAGCUGCAGCAAGGAAAGACUGUCAAGGUCAGUAAACCAAAGACCUCGAGCCUCAGUAAGAGUGUCUCAGAACUUGUCCCUGAAGUAAAGGUCACAGCGGAAACAGCAGGAGAUCCAACAAAAGUCAAAGUUGAAGAACAAGCUGAAGAUGUGACACCCGAAUCCCCGAUAUCAGAAAAACGUACUGAGUUGAAGUCAAAAGGAUUAGACUCAAAGGUUCAACAGUCUGUGGUGGUGCUGGAAGACUCAGUCAAGGUUGAGACGAGAGAUGAGACAGUUCCUGAGCUGAAGCACGAACCGGAGCCUGUCACGGUCGAUGCAUCGGCUAAAGAAGCCGGAGGCGCUGAGCCGAUGGAGCUCGGGGAAACGGGAGUGGACGUGGCAGAGCCGAUGGAAGAAGAAAGUUGUGCUGAGGUCAAAGAAGAAAAACUGACAAAGGAGGAAGCUGCUCCUGACAAAUCCACUGAGAGUCAACAAACAACCAGGAAAGAUGAGAGCAGACCUCCUGCUGUUCCACCUCCAGACACAGAAGCUGAUCCUAAAGAAACAGCUGAUGAAGCGUCAGCACAGGUCCCAGAACCAGAGGCCGCAGCCCCGGAGUCCAAAUCCACUGAGAGUCAACCACCAACCAGUAAUGAUGAGACCGGGCCCCCUACUGUUCCACCUGCGUCAUCACAGGUCCAAGGCCCGGAGUCCACAGAACCGUCUGCAGCUUCCGGUCAGGUCAUCGAGAUGGAGGCUUCAGGACCUGCAAGCUCAACUGAAGACGGGGAGAAAACUAGAAUGACACAAGAAGAUCCUGCGUCUGCCGUGAAGAACCAAAUGGAUCCCAAAUCCGCUGAGGGGGCCGACAAAGUUUCAACUGAGCCGACAGCCGGAGCAGUGAGCAAACCACAACCGGCUGGAGCCAAGUCUCCACCUGCAGAUCCCCAUCUGACGAUCGGGGAGAUGGUUGAAAAGCUCUUUAAUCCACGAGCAAUCUCGCUUGUAGCGAAGAAAACCUGCUCCACAAAAGGGAAGUUUCUUGGCCUGGGUCGGAAGACAGUGAUGAUCACCAACCUGCCGAAGUACGAGGACGGCCCCUACACGGAGGCAGACGUCGCCAGCCUGCUCAUUCCAUUCGGAUUUGAAUAUUCACCAUACAAAAUCCAUGUUCUUCCUCAGAUUUGCGUGGCUUUCGUGGAGAUGCCGUCAGCUGUCAAGGCCUUUCACCUCAUCACCGUGUUUCCACAGAGAGGCCUCACCUUCAAAGGGAACAAACUGAAGUUUAACGUCGUAAACUCCGGCAUCAAAACAGAUCCGAUGGGGUUUUAUAAAUCGGCGAUGAAGGUGAUGAAUUAUUCGGUGGACGACACAGAAGGGAGGAUCAUCUACGUCUCUAACAUCUCACCGAGCGAAGCCCGAGACCUCAGGGAGGCUUUGAGAAAAAUCAGUUCAGUCACAAACUACCUGCCUCUGCUCAACAAGGUUUUUAUUGAACUUGAGUCCAGUCUUCAUGCCGAUCGGCUCGGAGUGUGGUACAGCCUCCAGGAACAAGCCGGUGGUUACUCACUGUGCCGGCUGAGACACUCAUGGGCUAGAGACUUCAAAGCUUCGCGUAGGCUCGCUGCGAAGGCUCUCCCCCCCGGAGCGUCUAUCCCCUCAGUGGAAUCUGAGGUUCCACUGUGCGGCUUUGGACCGUUUUGGCUCACUAUGGCUACGAGUCCCUUUGUGUUCCCCACCCAUUCUCCUUGUUUCAUCAUCCCAGAUUAUCUGACUGUCAAAAGAAAUAUGAAUAUGAAGAAGCUCAACAGUCAAAGUUCCAUGUUCCCCACACUCAUGUUGACCGGUUUGCCAGAUAAAGGCUACAGUCAGGAGGACGUGGCCAGGCUGGUCUGGCCUUAUUUCCCCAAACAAACUCUCUACUCUCUGAACAACAACGUGAUCGUGCUGACUCUGCAGAGGAGGGCCUUCGUGCAUUUCAGCAAUUGGAGGUCGUGCCAGGGUUUUAUCCAAGAUCACAUCAUGAGGCAGAUUCCUUUCAAACGCUUUGCUCUCAAAGCCCACUUCGUCCUGGAGUACAUGUAUCCUGAGUCAAAAGAGGAGCUCAUGUACAAAUCCAUGAUGAAAUGGAGCAACUCUCGUGUUCCAGAUCCCCAGUCUCUGGAGGAUCGGCUGCUCUGUGUGGAGAUCUCUGAGAGCAGUGUCCACAUCGUCAAGACGGUCAUGAAAUCUGUGGCGUCCAUUGCUAAAUUUGUCAGCUUCCUGCCGCUCGCCAACAGGAUCUGUGUGGAGAUGGUUGACUCCAGUGGUGUAGCCCAGGUGGUGGAGAAGCUCACAUCUUCCUCAGUGAAGUGCAUAUUCGGGAACAAAGUUAAACUUGUUGAAUCUGUGAAGAGUCGAAAGCAGCGUCUUGAAGGCUCCAGUGAGAUCUUCACAAACCUUGAACCUGAAGUCGAGUCUCCACCCCAGUCUCCUCCUUCUGAAUGUUCAGAUAGUGAUCUGCAGCUUCUUCUUCAAACCAGUGACUCUGCGUCUGCAAAACCAGCAGCUCCGAAUGAACCCAUCACUGGUGAAGCUGUCGCAGCAGAACCGAGUUCCACGGCUGCAGGUGACGUAGCGAUGGAGGAGGACAAGGAGAAAGUGGGACCUGAGGUCGUCCUGGACUCCGGUGAUGGGCCUCAGGUAAAUGAAGAUGUAGAGAAAGUCACAGAGACGGAGGAGGUGUCAACAACAGCAACUAUAGAUGCUCCUGCUGAUGGAACCAGUGUCCCAGCUGAUUCCACCACCGGUGUGGUCGCCUCUGAAAAAACCAGCACAGAUCUCCCUCGGAUUAACCAGGACGUGUUCAGGGCCAUCAAAGCAGCGGUUCACCGGCACAGACUGACCCAAGACAUGAAGACACAGAGUGAAGAGAACGAGAGCUCCAGCAACGUUAGUGUCAAGGAUGAAGUCACACAUCAAGAAAAGGUUCAGGAGGAUUCACACACUUCAGACGUCUUCACUGUUAAUGAGCCACAAUUCAACAUCAGGGACUUUGUCACUGUUGAUGAAGUUGCUGAAGAUGUGGAAGAAAUGAGCCCUGACCCCCGUAGCUCCUCGUCCUCCUCAGGGAGAAAAGAAACACAGAGCUCAGACGCUUCAUCUGCUCCAAAACAAACCUCCAUUAGAUCCUCCACCAGAUCCUUGAAAGACUCUAAGAGCUCCGCAUCUUCCUCCUCCAAGUCACCCAAAGACCACAUGAAGAGAGGCUCGUCUUCUAUCUCGACCUCUGUGUCGCCAAAAAAGACGAAGGACUCAUCUAAGCCGACCAAAUCCUCUUCCUCAUCCUCUGCCUCUUUUCUGUCUCUUGAAACCUCUCCCUCCUCUUGUCACAAGGCACAGAGGAGCCAGACGAAGUCCUCAAGAUCGUCCCCAGCUGCAGGUGAAAGGGUAAAGAAGCCAUCAGCAGCAGGGGAGCGUCGCCCUGUGUCACAGAGAGAAGCAGCAAAAGAGAGUGUAGUGGCAAAGUCUGACCACAAAGUGGCAGCAGAGGGCAUUGCUGCAAAAACUGUUGAGUCAGAGACCAAAAUAGAAAAAUCCUCAGCGAUGCAUCCAUCUGCAGAGGGAAAGAGAUUCGGGUUGAACCAAGACCAGGAUAUGGAGACUGAUUUAAAGGACACCACACUCAAAGACCCGGAGAAAGGCAAAGAGAAAAAGGAAGAAGAAGAAGAGGAGGAGGAUGAUGAUGAUGAAAAGUACGAAAUCCUUGAUUCCUUCGAUCACAGAACAAAUGAAAACAUAGAUGACAAGUCACCUGAACCUGAGAGUUUGCAAGAGGAAAACUUUCAGGUCUUGGACAGCGUCGACCACGAAGACGAUGGUGAAGAAGCUUGUUCUGAGAAGAUGGAAGAAGGUUCAACAGAGGACAAAAGAGCAACAGUUCAAGAGGAUGACAAGCCUGCAGUCGAAGACUCUGCAAUUAAAUAUCAGCAGGCAAAUAAUGAGGAUAGUUUCCAGGUGUUAGAUUCAGGUGUCAAACAAGCUGCGAGGGGCAAAGGAGAAGUGAAGAGAACACAAAGUAAAGAGGAGGAGGUCCAAGCUGUGAUGACAUCAGCAGAAUCCUGCAAACCCUCCAAAGAGGUCCAAGAACCUGAUGAUCGAAUCCCAGAAGAUGAAGACCAGCCUCCUAAAGUCUGUGACAACAAAGACAGUGAUGUUACUGAACAAGAAACCUUUGAGAUAUUGGAUUCAAUUGACGAUCAGACGAUAAUGGACCAAAACACUGAAGAGGAGGAUGCCUCUAAGGAAGUGGAUUCUGUUACAGAUCAGCCAACAACUACAGAGUCUGAGUCUGACAACAAGAAACCUGACGUGACUUCCAGAAGAGAUGAUAGAUCCUCAAAGAGGAGUGGCCUGAGGACCAGAGCAUCCAAAAGUGAAGAGAAGGUCAAAUCACCAGAGAAACAGGACAGGGUGGUGAAAAGAUCAGAAACACCACGAGACUCCACUGCAAGACUUCCUCAAAGAGACCAAGACCCUGAAGAGGAGAAGGUGUCUGAGAUGGUCCAUUCCACUGAGGAACUGGUUCAAGAAGCGGCCGCCACAGAAAGGACUGAUAGAAGAAGGAGUGGAAGAGGAAAGAAAGAGGAGAAAGUGACUCUGAAUCUCACUGAAGCAUCUGAAAAACCAGAUGAAGAUGAGGAGGCUUCGUAUGAAAUCUUAGACUCUGUGGAGGACGAGACUGUGACUGAGGAACCGGUCGUUAUGACAAGAUCCACCAGAGGAAGAAGGGGAAGGACGACUCAGAAAGACCAAACAAAGAAAGAGGACACACCGACAAGAAGUCGACGCACUCCUGUCAGAGAGUCACAGGAAAAAACUCUAGAGAUGGAGAAGGAAGCAUCUUCAAAAGAGAACUCACUAACAAAGAGGAAAGACAUCGCUGUAAGAGAGGAAAUAGAUGAGGAAGCCACCUAUGAAAUAUUAGAUUCUGUGGAGGACGAGGUUCUUCAGGAUGACCGGCCCCCUACAGGAGGGAAAAGGAAGAGGGGAAGACCAAAGAAAGCUGUUAAAUCAACUAGAAAAAACCCUGUAACACUGAAGGGCGACAAAGAGGCUGAUGAUGAAGAAAAGGUGUCGUAUCAGAUUCUGGAUUCUGUGGAGGAUGAGAUGGUUGAAGAUCAACCUCCCACAGAAGAAUCGCCCAAAAACGAGGAGGAGGAGCCUUUGUAUCAAGUUGUAGAUUCUGUGGAAGAUGAUCAGGUUCAGGAGGAGUUGAUGACCACUGAGGAGUCAAAAGAUGAAACUUGUCCAAAAGAGGAGGAAGCAGCUGUUCAAGAAGAUGCACCAACGUGUAGGACCAUUGUGGAAACUUCUGAAAAAGUGGUCACCAAGGAUUUAGAUCAUGAUCCGUCUGCUGGUCUGGAAAAGAGAGAAAGCUCAUCCAAGGCAAACAUCAAGGAAGAAGGUACAUCAACGACAACGUCUCAAAAAGAUCCCACAACACCAGAAGUGGAGAAGAACCAAGUGAGUGCUCUGGUGGACCUGGAUGAAGUGAGUGAUGAGGAGGAAGAUUACCCUGACGACAUAGCUGAGGAGAAAGAACUGAGGGAGAGCAAAGCUGCUGCUAAAGAGAAGCAACUCCUCAUGAAGGAGGAGAGGAGGACCAGGGAGAGAGAGGAGAGGAGGACCAGAGAGAAAGAGGAGAGGAGGACCAGGGAGCGAAGGAGCCAGAGCAGCAGCAGCAGCAGCAGUGGAGGAGGAGACAGGAGGAGGACGAUGGAAAGGAGACGGGAAAAGGAGGAGGAGGUAGACACCAAGGAGAUGGUGACUCUGGAUGAGGUGGGAGCAGAUGAGGCUGGAGAGGAGGUGGUGUCACAGGGUGGAGAACCGGGGGGGCUCGUCACUCUGGAUGAAAUCGUAGAAGAGGAAGAGGAAGAGGAGGAGGGAAAAUGUGAACAAAGGAGGCUGGAGCCCCGCCCACCCAGCAAGGACGAAGAGUCCCUGGACUGCUUGAACCCGGAGUAUUUGGUGACUCUAGAUGAAGCAGGUGAGGAUGAGGAGGAGAAGCCGGACGAAGCAGAGAAAACAUCAACAUCUGCUAAACGCAAAUACGAUGACGACACAGAGGAGAACGUGAACUUUGUGACGGUGGAUGAAGUGGGAGAGGUUGAAGAAGAGGAGGAGGAGGAAGAACAUAAAACUCCCAGGACAAGAGGCCGAGCCAAGAAGAAAACCAGAAAGACGCCAGUGAGAAAAUCUGCUCGAGGGAGGAAAGUUGAGGCAAAAGAUGAGAGAGAAGAACAGGAAGCCGGCUCCUGUGUGGCCCCGCCCACUUCCCUGGACGCCUCAUCGUCCCCGGACAAAGAUCCUUCAUCGUUACUGACUGACGGGCAGCAGGAGAUCCAGAAGGAGGAGGAGGAGGAGGAGGAGGAGGAAGGAGCGCACCCUCCUGCUGUGGAGGACCUGCAGCCUGGGGGCCUGGAGGCAGAGGAGGAGAAAGUUGUGAGUAAAAGGAGGAAGGAGAUUGUCGGACCUGAAGCAAAGAGAUCUCGUUCUCAGUCUCCUUCGGUUCCUAACGACUUCAAGCUGCCGCCAUUCAGAGCCAACCAUCCCCUCGGUCAGGAGUUCGUGGUCCCUAAAUUCGGAUACUUCUGUAACAUCUGCCGUGUUUUCUACCUGAGUGAGAGCAGCGCCAAGGACGUUCACUGCAGCAGCAAGGCGCACUACAACAACCUGCAGGCACACUACCAGAAGCUUCAACAGAAUCCAUCAGGAAGUUCAACACCAAACUCUCAAGGCUUCAUCUCUGAGUGAUCCAGAUCCAGAUCCUCCUCUCACGUCCUGUUUGCACUCGUGUGUGUGUGUGUGUGUUUGUUUGUUUCUCAGCAGGAUUGUGUGAAAUCGACUCAACCGGUUUCUGUGAAACUUGGUGGGACGAUUGAAAAUGGGCCAAGAAAGAACCGCUUUAAUUUUCAAGUGGAUCCGAACACCUUCAUUGUGAGAUGAGCUGUUUUAAAAAUGUAUUUUCACAAAUUUCCCAGAGAAUAAUUCUUUAAUUUAAGUUGCACAGAACAAGUGAGUAGAAUCUAAGCCUUUAAGUGUUUGUCCGUUUUUAUGCACAUUUUUUUUACUUCUAAUUGAAUAAACCUGAGUUAGAAAUUCAAAUUGUUUAAUCCUCAGACGUAUUCUGGGGACUGAUAUUUGUGUGUGUGAGCGAUUUGGCGCAGAUUCAAAUAAAAUCUUGAUCUUG